AGGCAGAAGAGCAGGAGUCCUGGUUUUAGAAAGACCACUCCCACCACAGGGUGGUUCCGAAAAGACAGGAGAGGGUGACAACGCAAGCAGAGACGAGGGAGAACUCGACUGCAGCUCAGGCCAGAGACGGUGGUUUGUUCGGGGCGUGGGAGGCAUGCAGACAGGCGGUAGAUAACACACUAGUUGCUUGGAUGACCAGUCUCUGCCCUCUGAGACCUCCCAGCCCAGGUCCGCAAAGCUCCCCGCUCCACUCCUCGCGGCGGAACCAGGCGACGCGGAUGUGUUUCCGGGGGAGCGAAUUCGGCGUCGGACCGGAAGUCCUCGGGCGGCGGCGGCAGAUGGCGGCUCCAGGACAUCCUGCUCGGGAGACAUCGGCUGCGCCAGGUCCAGGGCACCCUACGUGCGGUGACGCCGCCUCCAGGGCCAAGAAACAAAAGAAGAGGAAGAAAGCCCGAGAUGGGACCUCUGUGGCGAGUGGAGGCGGGAAGGCCUUGGAAAAGCCGGCCCCAGAGGAAGCCCCCCUAAGCGCGGAGGCCCAGGCGGAGCAGCUGGCCCGGGAACUGGCCUGGUGCGUGGAGCAACUGGAGCUGGGGCUGAAGAUGCAGAGACCCAGCCCUAAGCAGAAAGAGCAAGCUCUUGGGGCAAUCCGAAUCCUGCGCAGCCAAAAAACCCCUUUGCCCCGGAAGAGGCAGCUGAUGCACUCCUUGUUUGGGGACUAUCGGGCUCUGAUGGAAGCCCAGUGGCGCGAGGCCCUGCGGGCUCUAAGGACUGAGCGCCCGGACCUCUGGUGUGGACUGGACCCUGGGAUCUGCAUCGCAACCAGCCCUAGGAGGCGGCCCCUGGGGAGCCUGAAACAAACGAGAGCCUGGAAUCCAAACCCUUCCCAACGUGGAUGCCAGAUGGGAUCAUUGAGAGGGAAACAGUUUGCAGCACCUCACACAUUUCAGGAAUUUAAGGACAUACGAUGGACUGGGAAGAAAGCCAUGGAUUGGAAUAGGGUUCAGAGAGCCAUCCUGGGACUAAAGGAAAACCCUUCAGCCUUCCUGGAGUGCCUUUGUGGGCACACACACUUGAACCUGGAGCCAAUGGCAGGGCACACUGUUCUUAACUUCCAUUUCACUUCCCUGACUGCCCCGACAUUAGGAGACGAUAACAGAAGUUGGAGGUGGGGCCCACCACGCCCAGUCUCCCGGUUGCAGUCGGCAUUCUGGGUGUUCAACAACCAGGACCUGGAGGUGGAUGCCAAGGAGGACAGGUGGGCAGAACCAACUGCCAGUGCUCUGGCGUCACCUCCCAGUGAUGACGAGGGACCCUGUGGCAUUGAGGAAUCACCCCGGGUGUCAGAGUCUUUGCCCGUGGAGAGAACACUGCACGGAGGAGGCCUGGAAAGGGGGAUGCCCCAGACGCCUGGAAGGAUCCAAAGGCACCCCUGUGUCCUGGCUCAUCCUCACUGGUUUCACACAUGAAAGAAGACUGAGGGGGGCCCAGGGGCUCCUUGGAAGAACCCCAGCCGAUUCUGACUGUGGGGAGGAAAAAGGUUUCUAGUGGACACAGGGGCUACCUACUCAGCCUUGAGCCCCCGACAAGCUGAAUGACCGAAGAUAAAUGUGAGAGAAUGGGAGGGGAGGGAAGACACAGGAAGGCGUUUUUACAGAGCCCCUGAGUGCGCCCGGGAGGGGACACGUCACCCGCACGUGUGUUGGGAGCCCAGUUCCCUUGUAGGAGGAGCGGGACUGUAUCUCAGAGAUGAACGCCUUGCCAUGGAAAUGCCCAACACUCCCGUCCAUUCAGUGGCCUUGGUGCUGUGGCCCCUCUGCCCAAAUAAUAGCUAAUUCACCUUGAGGGGGUUCAUCGCUCUCUGGGGACCCAGGCACCAUGGGCAGAGUCAGAAAGGCACCUCCGGUCUUGGUCAAGCUGUGACCCGGCUAUAAUCACCCAAGUAAAAGCAAUACCCCUACAUGAAGAAGCCCUAGCAGCAUGAAGCCUCUUCAAGCAAGCGCUUCUUAGACCCCUAGUCCCUUUGCAACACUCCUGUUCUGCUGGUUAAGGAGAAAAGUGGGAAAUACUGGCUGGUUCGGCACCUCUGAGCCAUACAUGAAGCCGUGGAGGAGAUUCAUUUCGUGGUGCCAAACAGCUUCUAAAUCCUUAGACGACCCAGGUCUCAGCGUUAGACUUAAAAGAGGCUUUCUUGGGAGUUCCCUUUGUGGCUCAGUGGUUAACAAACCUGACGAGGAUCCAUGAGGAUGCAGGUUUGAUCCCUGGCCUUGCUCAGUGGGUUAAGGAUCUGCAUAAGCUGUGGUGUGGGUCGCAGAUGCGGCUUGGAUCCUCUGUUGCUGCACCUGUGGUGUAGGCUGGCAGCUGUAGCUUUGAUUUGACCCCUAGCCUGGGAACCUCCAUAUGCCCUGGGUGCAGCCAUUAAAAAAAAAAAAAA